AUGUCCGUGCAUCCGUUUUAUCAGCAUGUGGUGGUCAAGGGUUUACCCUAUGACCGUGGAUUCUCCUAUGGCGAGCAAACCAAGGAGAAGAUCCAGCUCAAUGUCAAGUACUAUAAACAGCCGGGUAAAUUAGGGCCAUGGUCUUCGGUUUUGAAAGUCAUUCAAAACUGCUAUAUUCCUGGGCUGCAGCGUUACUGGCCAUCAGGAUGGGAAGAGAUGCGCGGUGUUGCAGCUGGUGCUGGCGUUACAGUUGAAGACAUCGUCAUGUUGAAUGCGCGAUAUGACCUCUCGCAUGUAAAGUUCGAGGCCGUUCCUGAAACUCCUGCCGCCGAGGAAUCCAAGACUGUGGACGCUAUUCCUGAAAUUCCUCAGGAGACGCCUGUCGUCGAAGUCGCUACCACAGAGCCCAAGGCAGCUGAGGUGGCUGAGCCCACCGAGAAGACGUCUACCACCGGGGAAAAUGCCGUCGGUGAAGACCAACAGGUCGAAGUCGCAGAGGAAUGCACCUCCGCUAUCAUUCUCGCCCCUGCGACAAGGAACCGGGAAGUCUUAACUGCGCAGAACUGGGAUAUGUCCCACCGACUUUUCACUGAAGACGCCAUUAUCUACCUCGAGAUUCAUCCAGAUCCUUCCGAAAACAUCCCAUCAAUGUUCCUUGUCACCGAGGCGGGUCAGCUGGGCCGCUCAGGGUGCAACAGCGCUGGGCUAGGUCUCACAGCAAACUCCCUACAGAGCAACAUGGACCUAGCGCCCGAUUGCUCAGUCCCUAUCCCCCCCUCUGGGGCAUUGAGACGGCUCUUCCUUGAGCAGUCGAACUACUCAGUCGGACUGAAGUGCAUUGCCCGAACCCCACGCCACGUCGCGUUUAAUAUCAUGGCCUCGUCUGCCGACGAUAUUGGCAUCUGUCUGGAAGUGACACCUCAGACGAUCUUCAGGUCCGUCAUUUCAUCGGGUUCAGAAAAGCCGUACCUGGUGCACAGUAACCACUUCCAGACCGGCCCAUUCCUGUCACAGACGCAAAUUGCCGAUACAUACCUCGGGGGGAGCUCAUGGUAUCGCGGUGAUCGACUCGAAGCAGGCCUGCGCGAACAGGCGCAGAAGGAAAAUUUGAUUGAACAAGAUGUUGUAGCAGCAUUCCAGGACCAUGCGGGUUAUCCGCAUAGUCUAUGUGAGCAUGCCGUUGAGGCAAAAAGUUCCAAAGAGGAGAACCCUGGGCCAUAUUCUGGGCCCACAUCGACCGUCUGCUGCGUUGUUUAUAAUCUGUCUAAACGCACUGUCCGAGUCUGUAAAGGUUGCCCGUGCGAGGGAACGUUUCAAGAUUUCGAGUUGCGAUGA